AUGAGUGAAGAUGUGGUCUAUCUUGAGAUAGAUAAAAGGUGUGAUGGAACAUGUACUUGCCCAGGUGGUAGCCACAUUGCUGGCAGGGGUGGAAAAGAAACUAAGUACUGUUGCACCUACUAUGCUAAUGGACAGAGGAAGGUAACGGUUACUUGUGAACACACCAGCCUCCUAUCUAUUCCAUAUCAUAAACACUCUCCUUCCGGACCAUCAGUAGUUGGAAUUAAGUACAAUUCUGGUGAUGAAAAGAACAUAACUUUAGAUGGACCAUCAUUUCCUCUUUCUGAUGUAAGAAGUGUCUCUGUAUUCUACUGUAAUCAGGGUAAUCCCGUUCUUAUAUGCAUUGAAGAAAAUGGGCAAGACAAAUGGUACAAAAAGCCCACUAGUACUGCUAAUGGAGAUGAAAAGUGGACAAAAGUUGAUAGUCUCUACAACAAAACACCAGAAGAUAUUUCUAACAACUUUAGCCGACACACGGAAGUACUAAAAGAUGCUGGAUGUUCAAGCUAUGGAAAAUGUCCUUGUCCUCAUAAACCUCAGGUUCCUCCUAAAGAACUUGAAGAGAAUGAGUCAGAAUCUAAUGACCCUACUACUUCUGGAUCUACUGCUUCUGCUAAAGCUCCUCUUUGGAAAGCUCUUGGUGGUAUUGCUCUUGCAACAGGAGCUGGAUUAAUCUGCCUUGGAAUAUGGAAACUCUAUAGUCGCUAUUAUAGAAACCCUCUUGUACGCUUGAUCUAA